AUAGUGGAUCUUGCCUUCCUAACCUCUUACUCAUAUACAUAUAAACAUAUCACACUAACAGAGCAUAAUAUCUUUUAUGUACCGCACAUAUAAAUAUAUGCCUCUCUUUCUUCCAGUCGUUUAGGACUCAAUAAUGGACAGCAACAACAGUAGUCCGAACGUUGAAGUACAGGUGGCGCCUUUUGUGGCCAAGACGUACCAGAUGGUGUCCGACCCGCGGACGGACGGUUUGGUCCGGUGGGGGAGAGAGAACAAUAGUUUCGUAGUGUUGGAUCCUGCUGACUUCUCUCUGUUUCUUCUUCCUGCUUAUUUCAAGCAUAGCAACUUCUCCAGUUUUGUUCGGCAGCUAAACACUUACGGAUUCAGAAAGGUUGACCCAGAUCAUUGGGAAUUUGCGCACGAAUCUUUUCUCCGAGGCCAAACACAUCUAUUACCCCUAAUCGUCCGUCGAAAGAAGAAAAAAGACGAGAUAUGCGACAAGAAACCAGGAGUCGAAGACGAUGAAGAGGAUCAUGAGGAGACUUUACUUAAAGAAGUGGGACAGCUAAGACGAGAGCAAAGGGCGCUUGAGGAUGAGCUAGAAGGAAUGAACAAGCGACUCCAAGUGACUGAGCAAAGGCCUCACCAAAUGAUAUCAUUCCUUGUGAAAGUCGCCCAGGAUCCUGACUUGCUCCCUAGGCUCAUCCUCUCCAAAAAGGAGCAAAAUCAAGAGACUAAGAAACGGCGACUACUAUCUGAUUCAAUUCACUCUCUUCCACCGCUUCCACCAUCAUUUGAUGAUAGUAGCGCAAAUGAGAUGGAUUCUAUGAGUAUUGAGGAUCAAAUUGGUUCCGAAAAGGAUCAAGUUGUGUUAUUACCGGAGUUUGGAGGUCCGGAGACAGAUACGGUAGCUUAUCCGUUUUCAUUACUGGGCCAUGUAUUUUUCUAGUUUAACUUCAUGAGUUAAGUUUUAUUCCUUGGAUGUUUUAUUAAGAGAUUGUUAUUAACAUCAGUUUUUUUU